GAUUACGGCCAAAUCAGAAUCAAGCCUCACACCAGCUGAAGUUAAACUAUUGAGAGUGAAUUUCCAGCCAGCUUCUUUCGAGGAUGUUAUCCCUGCCACCGAGUAUCCUGAAUAUCUUCUUCCCGAAAUCAACCGCCGUGAUGUCUCAGACCCAGAUUUUAACGUUGAAAAGCUUGAUAAAGUUUCAAAUAAUCGAGUCAAAACGUUCCUUGAUAAAAUGCAUGAUGUUGUGAUGAAUGAAAAAGUGGCCACAGGCACAUUGGAGUCUAAAACUGACACAUUGGUGGACGAUCUGCUUCAAAACCAAUAUGUUUCAGCAGACCCCGAAUUUGUGAUUGCUAAUCGAAAAUUAAGUAUGGUGGCUAUAGAGGACAAACAUAUCAAAAAUGUUUGGAAACCAAGCGGUUUCGGGGAAACACAAAUUGCCGUACAGAUUGUUGCCUGCGGAAAUGAGAACAUACGUGCCACUAGUAAAGAGGAAUUUAUUAAUCAAACCAUAUUUGCUAUGCGCGUCAUCUCAACGUACGUGACAUUUUACAAAGCAGUAAUCCCUGCAGAAUAUUGGCCCGAAUUUGAUCAUGGUCUACCCAAAGAGGCAUCAGUUAACGUUAAAAGAUGGCCAGGGGAGAAUGGAAAGCAGGAAGGUCUGGAUUUAGUAGAACCAGAUGGGAGACGAGAAGUGCUGGGAGCAUUAACUAAAAUUCGCCAAUUUCUUCUGCGGAAUGAACAAUCUGGUACUACAAUACAAAAUGUGACGACGAAUGAUAAUACAGACAGUGGUAAAGAAAAAUCAUCGA